UGUUUCACUCAGUCUGUAUUACUAAUCAUGCAACUUAUAUUCUGUAUUUUUCUAUUUCAGACCAGCUGAGCAAUUUCCUAACAAAUGCACCCACAGUCCCUAAUCUGCCAUAUGCCAAUACACACCAAGUCAACCCAAAUUUUGAAAAACCACAAGAGCAAAAGCCUACAUGUAGUAUUUGUUUGAAGACAUUCUCGUUAAGGGGCAAUCUUAAGCGCCACAUGCACAUCCACACUGGUGAUAGACCUUAUAAAUGUAAUGUCUGUGGGGAAGACUUUAUACAUCACACUGUAUAUAGACGGCAUCAGAAAAAUUAUAAUCACUGAAGCCUUACAAGCGUAAUGUCUGUGGGUAAGACUUU